ACGGCUGUGAGGAGUGGUGUCCGUGACACCGCUUUGGAUCUAGCCGGCAAAACAGCCCAACUCACAGAGCUGUAUUGGGACUCCAUUUUGCUCACUGAACGUGGCUUUGUGGAUCCAAAUUAUAACGAUUACGCCAGUUUUCAGAAAUACGUAGUUCAAGAAGUUGGAAAGACGCUAACCAUUCACGAUAGGGGGCUAAAAGUGCAGACCAGCUGGCCUGGCAAAAGUAUGUGGCGAAAUAUCGGUCUAGCGUACUCGCUGUUGUAUUUCCCCGGCUGGUCAGAUUGUCCGAUUUGGGGCAAAAAUAACUCUGACAGACUCCAGGUGGUCCUGCUAAAAGACAUCCGGCGUGAAGUAAAAUCCUUGCUCAUUGCCCUAUUGGAAUACGCUGCCGUUUUGGAUCUUGCCUGGCUCCGAAUACACGUUUUGAGAGACGUAGAAGGGAUAAAAGACCUUCUUCGAAAUCUUAACUGGCUAGGAGGAAAGGUGGUAGCAAACGAAAACCGUUCCAAAGCCACAGAAUACUUGACACCGGAGGAAUGCGCCAUGUUUUCUGAUGAAAAGUUUGUCAUUGUGGAGUUCGAGUGCUGA